CAUUAAAAAGUAUUGCAGCGUUAAUCUAUAUUGACUUUAUUAUCGAUGCUUAAAAUGCUAUAGGUUCGUUUUCAUAAAAAUUUCAUUCAGAAUUCGAAAUCUGCAAAUUGCACUCUCUGUACUGAUCUGUAUCAUACUCCACGUGGUGCCUGGCCUCUAUUUUAGUACUACAGCAAGAUGGCUAAAAUGCAAGGUCUUUCGUGGCAAACCUUUAAAAAGAAUUCGAUGUUAGCUCCGCUGUUCUUUUGUAUCGGAUUCGGAGCAUUGUUCUCAUCGGGUUAUUUAUUACGUCUGGCUUUGCGGAGCCCCGAUGUUACUUGGAAUUCUAGAAAAAAUCCUGAGCCAUGGAACGAAUAUAAAAACAAAGAAUAUAAGUUCAUAUCGAUUCAAGAUAAGUCUAAGCACUAUGCUUCACCUCCAGAGUACUAAAAAGCAUGUUCUUUGCUAAAUUAGUGCUAGUUAGAGAAAGUUAAAUGAAAUUGAAUUAACUUGUAAUAUACAUAUGUAUGUAGAUGAUUCUCAGUUAUGAUAGUUAUUAUUAUUAUAGUGUAAGUGAUAAUUAACAACACUGUCAAAUUAUAAAUACAUUGUAUACAUAAAAUUUAAGUGGUAAAUAAUAUUUAAAUACGAAAUAAACAUUUAUAUAUACA